UUAUUUAUUUAUUUAUUUUUAUUAUUAUUAUUUUAUUAUUAUUUAGUUAAACUCAGGAAUGUGUAAAGUCCCGGUCCACACUCCAUAUCAGUAGGUGGCGGUAAUACACCAAAAAGUUGUUUGUCAACCGCCAUAAAACAACACAAAGAAGAAGAAGAAGAAGAAAGAACUCAAAAUACUUGUAAGAGACGUGUAAAUGGUAAAUAACCAAUGUUAUACGCGGAAUCCGAUGAGAAACGAUAUCAUAUUAUAUAAGAGUCUUAUUUAAGACUUAUGGGUCAUUUUGGUGUUGGUUUAGCUUAGUUAAGGACCAUGGAUUUGCUCUCUAGCUAGCUGUCUUGAGUUUUUGUAAGGGUUCAGGUGUUAGCCGGCUAGCUGACUGAAUGUGCAUGAGUUUAAGUUCUAUCAUUCUCCUAGAAAAAUCUGAAGUUUGACCUUAGUAUGAACAAUAGUGCAAUUUAUGUCCGAGAAAGAGGAAACCUUCGUCGUGUCAGUGACAUAGUCCUGGCACAGCCAAAGCCAGUGUCAUCAUGCAGAAGGACAAAUCCGUUUGUGCUGAGAAAAGAGCACUUCAUAUUCACCUACAAUGCAGAGGGAAGUCUGAGAUACACCACAAAAUCUCUCUUUGACAUCACUCUGUUAUUCGUAGCUGACAAUAUUCACCAUGUGGACUCUCUGGUGGGCUUCCCUGAGCAAAUAGGUGACAGACUUUUUGCAGCAGCAGAGGAGAAUCGUGUAUUUUUAAACGCAGAUAUUUCUGCAAAAGCCCUGCAGUUAUUUAGUGACGCAUAUGGGGAGAUGGUGCUUGGAUCCCUCUGUCUGAGAAAUAGAUUUCCACUCUUGCAUGAGAGGAUGAAUGAAAUAAAAACAUUUCAUAGUUUGAAGUCUCUGGAUCUUUUUGGCUGCAGAUUGGGUGAUGAUCAUGAGCUAUUCCAACAUCUAACAUCCAGCUCAUUGGCAAGCCUUAUUCAUCUUUUCAUUGGCGGCAACAGUCUGUCAGAUGUCGGCCUACAAAGAUUGACGGCCCCUAUCCGGAUGUUGAGGAAGGGACUGGACUGCCUUCAGCUGCUUGAUGUUUCCUAUAACCCUAUCUCAGUGAGGGCUUUAAGAUACCUCACAUGCCUCCCCAAACUUGGAAAUCUUGAUGUGUCUGGGACCAGUUUAAAGCUUGGCACAGGAUUGAAGACAACCAUAUGGGACCAGUUGGGGCUCAUUUAUUCUGAGAAACCACUGGACACCUUUGAUCACUCAAGAUGUAAAACAGAAGGUUGGGCAGAGCAGGUCGUAAACCAGUGGGAAACAAAUAGCUCACAGAUGCCAAAACAGAAGAAAAUUGAUGAAUCCAGAACAUCAGCACUUCGCUUUUUUGGCAGGCAGAAGUUUGUCAGAGAAGUACUGAAUGCAGCACCUUUGGUAUGUGAGAGCGAGGAAGAGGCCAAGAGAGAGAGACUGCAUUUCUUCAGACCCGCAGCAAACAAUCACAUUUCAGAGAAACAAACUCCUUCCACAGCAAAUCAUGAAGCGAAGCCUUCUUGGAGCAAUAUCAAAAAGAGGCCGCGUCAGUCAGAAAGGUGUGACCCUUCACAACAAAGCCCUCCAACAAAACGUUUGUCCUCUUCAACUCUUAGUGCAGAGGACAUUGAUUUACUGAACAGCUAUUGAGGUAUGUGGCCAUGCAGCAUUCCUCGAAGAGCACAGAGAAGCUUGACUGUCUGUUAACCUGUAGCAUUGACCUUCAGAGGAACAAGAAUAGUUUCACUGGCGAUCUGUAAACACUUUUUCUUAGAUACAGGUGUCGAUGUUUAUAUAUUUUUAUAAAUAAAGUUUAGUAUUGUUUAUGUGUUCA